ACCAGCAAAUAAGACUUCCUCUCGUUACGUUGCGAAACGAUCGUGAAUAACCGCGACAAGCGCGUUCGCGGAACACGAAAAGUUUAUAGUAACGGCAGUUGACAUAUUUGUACGAUAAACAGAACCACGUCAUAUCGUGCGAGAGCAUUUUGAUAACGCAAGAAUGUAGGCACGAUUAGUCACGCAACGAUACAUAGUGAGAGAGUAACUGAGUGGCAGAUCGCGGAUUAUCAUCAUCGGAUAUUGCGACGCUGUCAUUUGCAGUAAUAUCGUGUGACACUUUCAACGACGGACGAUCAUUUCCGAAGGACUAAGAUCGAAGAGACGAAGAAUUCUGGUGCCAUGUUCAAAAACGUUGUACGCUGUCACCGACAAAAUUGGAUCGCAUCGUCGUUCCAGGGAAGGAACGAAGAAGCGUCGAGACGAAUGUCGUAGUAGAAGACGAUUCUACGAUUCGAAUGAGCUUCGAGAAGAUACCUUAUGUCGGACGUCGUCGUCGAGAAGCAUGAAUUCAGCAAGAGACAGGGCGCAGAUUAUAACCGGGCAUAGAAUCACGUAAUAUUGCAUGGCGUGUGUCACGUGUCGCGACAAGGUCGAGAUAACUUUUCCUGGUGCAAGCGAGAGGAUUAGUCGCAGACGGCGAUUUAAUCGUCACGCUAAGUUAACGUGACUACGUGUGGCUUCUUUCAAUCGAAAGAUACACCGACAAAUUCAACAACGCGGAUUUAAAGAGCAGCGGAGAGAAAUGUCGAGACGACCUCGCGGUCGGCUCGACGCGGAAUUAUCGCCUGGCGCCAGCUUGGCAUAAAACAGUCGGUGAUAAAGGCGAGGAAGAAGAGGAAACCCUUUGAAAGCGUAUGGCAGAAGGAGAGAGAAGCGAGGCCGAGAGGCGCAAAAUGGGAGCGACGAGAUAUGUGUUGGGUAGCGCGAUCUUAGGACUCUUUUGGAGCAGCUUACUCAAGGGUGUCCUGACCAACUCCACAAGCAGGUGCGACUAUCCCCCUUGUUCCUGCGACCACUACGGCCGGUUGACCUGCGACUGCAAGGAGGAGGGAGAGGAAUUGAUCCUGACCACAGAAGGGGAUAGGCGACUAAGUCCCCACACCAGUAGGAUAGUGGUGAGCAAUUGCUCGUCCGUGAUACUCGCAAACUCAAGCCUAGCCUCGAUGGCCGGGCUACGUUCGGUGGAUCUGAUUAACGUGGCGAAUCUGACCUUGGUCAAACAGAGCUUCGAGCUGUCAUCGCACAGCACGCACACGCGGAUCUCCGUGCGGAACAGCAGCAUCGACGUGAUGCCAAGCUUCGUGUUCCGCGGCGACGUCGAAGCGAUAACGUUCGAGAACGUGCGAAUCGGCCAGCUGAGUGCCUUCUCGUUCGCCAAUCUGAUCCACACGGACACUCUGCGACUGGAGAACUGCCGCGUCGAGACGACGGAGGCGCAAGCCUUCAAAAAAUUCGACGUCGGUUAUCUCCAUGUGAUCGGCGGCAGUUUCGGCGAUCAGUUGCCGAGUCGUACCAUGAACGACAUCGAGGUCUACCACAAGUUCAUGCUUGACGGUGUGAAAAUGGGCACUGUGAGAAGCAACGCCUUCAUCGUGAGGAGCCCGCGAACAGUGGCGAUACAGAACUGUGCGAUAGAGAGCCUGGAGAGCGAGGCGUUCGACGUGACGGUGCGUGGCGCCGUUAUCAUCAAGAACAAUACUUUCGGCAACAUCGGCAUGGGCGCUUUCCUGGGUAUUCGCGCAGAUCGCGAGAUCAGACCGCCGCCAUCCUCAUCAUCAUCAUCGUCGUCAUCGUCGUCGUCGUCGGCGUCAUCGUCGUCUUCGUCGUCAUCGUUAGUCCACAACCUCAUCUUCAAGAACAACAGCGUGAGCAACUUCGAGGAAGGCUCGCUCAUGUUCGAUCGUGCGAGUUUUCGGCCGGAGCUCGACAAUCUACUCAUCGCGCAAGCUUGUGACUGCCAAAUGUUACCCGUGUGGAAGAAUAAUGUGCUCAAUUAUACGAGCGUUUACUCGCGAUUCUACGUGAGACAAAACUCGCUUGUGCCGCCGCCAUUGUCGCAGCCCCAGGAACCCAUCAACGAGACUCCGGAGACCUUCCUAUGUCUGGACGGCGGACUGGAUGGCGUGCCAACGAGCUUCGUCGAUUACGAGACGCGUCACUGCUCGCUCGGCGGCUCCAUGCUCGUUCUCAUUCUAAUUAUCGUAGGUGCCGUUCUCGCCCUGUUAGCGAGCGUGUGUCUCAUCGUGUGGUGCUGCCGAAGACGCCGGCAGAACAACAGGAAGAAGUGGAUUAGCGUGCCGACUAACGCACCCGACGUGGUUUCCAAGAAGAACGGUGUGAUCGGCAAAGAAGCGGCAACGUCUGGCACGCCGGUCGACAGUAGGAUAACCAUGGUGGUGCCGGACGGAAGGCUGUACCGGGAAACAGAGUUCCACGUGAUCGUCGAGAAGGCCGAGCCGCUUACGACCGAGUUGUAACGAGACGCCCCGGGCGGCUCAACAGCCAGGCCCGCGAUCGUCGCUCCUGUUGAAGAGGAACUCGAGUGGGUGGAAACGUCAAGUCGCUUUCGAGUGUACAAGCUGUGAAAGACGCUGCGUACAGCAAACAUACACAAUACACAGAACAGUGAUGUCCGGAAAAAAGUUAGAUCGGUCUUCGAAGAAUGUGAAAAGGAUCCUUUUACGACGGAGGGAAAUUCUACUCGAACUUAAAUCGCGCAUAUAGAUUGUGUAAAUUGUUGCUACUUGGGGGAAUAAUAAAACGCAAAGUGAAUGCCCAUCCCCCUUCCCUCUUUCCUCAUAUCAUGUUGUUCUUUUUUUUUAAUUUAAUUGAUUAUCUCUCCUCUAGUACAAUACAGUUCGUAAGCUUCCAUUCACAUAUCACGAGCGGUCACUGAUUAUCCGCGUCGCGCGUUCUUUUCAUUCCUCAAACCGUCCUUUCUCUCGAAGGCGGUCACGUUCCUCCGCGACGAUUAAAAAAUUUUUCAGAACAAGUCACGCGGAUUCGGGUGAUCGGUUACCGCUGCUAGUUAAGUUUAUCAUUAAAUAACUUUGCGAGAGAGAGAGAGAGAGAGAGAGAGAGAGAGAGAGAGAGAGUGGGCCAGUGUCAUAGAAGACGAAGCGAUUAGAAAGCAGAUGAAAGAGAAUAAAAAGAGUAUAACUCGUGUAGAAAAAAUCCUGAACUCGCUGUCUUGCGUAAGAUACGCGAUUGGACCGACCUUUCGCAUUUCUCGUUGCUUUAAGUUCAUCGAUUGAUAACGAUAGCACGCGGUUAUCGUAAAAUUAUUAGUGAGCGUUGGAGUGAAAAUGACGGUAUCAAAGGACCAAAAAAUGGAAUAACCGCUUGUUCGGAUAGCUGUGCCAUUCCUGGAGUGACGUUACACACGAUUCGUGUUCACUCCACAGAAAUCCUGAUCUCUCGAAGGAGGAAGAAAGUGAACGGACGGAACUCUUCGCUAAGUUUUCAUAUCAAAAUCGUUCCAAUAUUAUCGUUUUAUAGAGAAGAUUGACAGUAAUGUAACAAGUUAACGGACAAGAAUAAACCGGCAGGAUUGAUUUAUCAAGCUAAGAAAUGUCCCAUAUCUUAUACCAGUGGCGGAUUUACAAGUUAAUCAUAUCGCUUUUAAAACUAUAUGUAUUUUUUUUCAACUUGUAAAAAAUUUAUAUGUUAUUUAUAAUAGACUUGCGUUAAUUAAACUUAUAUUUUUUUAAACAAGAUUUUUAUCGCUUUGUUAAGGAUAAAUGUAAAUACUCGUUAUAUAUUUUUUUAACUAAACUUUUGUUGGGAAAAUUUCCAAGGAAAUUUAAUAUAAAUGUUCGAAAAUGUAGAUCCGUCAUUGUUUCGUACACUCUUUCGAGAAAAGCGAAAUUUGAUAGACGGUAAAUUAGAGUAAGUUAAUUUUUAUCCGCAUCGUGCUGUAAAUUCUUCUGUCGUCUCGUUAUCACAUUGUUUUAUUAAUGUCGAUGUGUAUUUAUUUUGAGCAAGCAUUUGCUAUAAAACUUGGCAAUAAAAACUGUUGUUACUGUUA